AUAGAUAGACAUACUAUUCUUUUUACUUCCCAUCAAAAUCAUCACCAUGACUAAACCCGAACGACCACCGUCAAGCCGCACCAACCUCGCCUCAUGCGUCGUCGCCACCAUUUUCCUAAUCUUCAUCUUCAUCAUCGUCUUCACUCUCUACUUCACACUUUUCAAACCCCAAGAUCCUAAAAUCUCCGUCACCGCCGUCCAACUCCCCUCCUUCUCCCUCACAAACAACGCGACCACCGUUAACCUAACCUUUUCCCAAUACGCAUCCGUUAGAAACCCUAACAGAGGAACAUUCUCACACUACGACAGCUCCUUUCAGCUUCUCUGCUAUGGAAGACAAAUCGGUUUCAUGUUUGUCCCCGCCGGGAAGAUCUAUGCGAGGAGAACGGAGUACAUGGCCGCCACGUUUACUGUUCAGUCUCUUCCGGUGGGGUUGGAGGGGAAUGGUACUGAUGGAGUUAGUAGAGGUGGGCCGACGAUGGAGAUUGAGUCGACGAUAGAGAUGGCGGGGAGAGUGAGAGUGUUGAAUCUGUUCAGUCAUCAUGUGGAGGCGAAAGCUGAAUGCAGAGUCGCCAUCGCCGUCGCUGAUGGAACCGUCAUAGGUUUUCACUGCUAAUUAGUUUUCUUCUUAUUAUUAAUUAUUAUCUAAUUAAUCUUUCAUUUUUGUAACUGUAAACUAAAUUAGUUAGUGAAAUUAGCUAAAUUGAUCAUCUGUAAUAUUUAGUAGGGAAUGGAUAUCAUUGUAAUUCAGCUGAUAA